UCCCAAAUCGCUAGAUUUGGUCGGAGCUACCAUCCUCCGCCUCGAUCUCCAUGCGCUCCGAUGAUGCCCUAAUCCCCGUCGACCCGCGGAAGUUCCGCCUGAACCAGACCCUACCUGGCACCAGGUGUUCGCCUUCUCCAAGGACCGCAUCCAGGCGAACUUCGUGGGCCGCAUCGUCUUCGACCUCACCGAGGUUCCCCUCGCCCCGCAGUGGUACAAGCUCGAGGACAAGAAGGGCGACAAGCUCUCCUCCGCCGGCGGCGGCGAGCUCAUGCUCGCCGUGUGGAUCGGCACCCAAGCCGACGAGGUCUUCCCCUACGCCCUGGCACUCCGACGCCCACUUCGUCUCCCUCGACGCCCUUGCCGUCGGUUCACCCCGCCGAGCUCGCUCCCUCACCAACCUGCUGUUGUUACAUUCUUUUCCCCUCGAGGCGACACCUAGGGUUUCGAUCUGCUCCCAUCUACGUACGCGUCGCGGGCGCCGCUCGCUCCUCGGAGUCCCCUCGCUCUAUGAGAGGCGCUCUAGGGUUUCGUUCCCGACCACUCUGCGGCUGUGGCCACGGUCUUGCUCGAUCCAUGGAGGCCACUCACGCGGUGAAGGAUCGGAUCGAUCUCACGGAGAAGGAGGAGAAUAUCUUCGGGCGCCUGCUCGAUGUGGUUCGCCAUUUCAAGCUGGAGACCCAGCUGCGCGUCGCCGGAGGUUGGGUUCGAGAUAAGCUUCUGCGAAAAGAUUGUUAUGAUAUAGAUAUCGCCUUGGACAACAUGUUGGGCCGAGAUUUCUGUGAGAAAGUCAAUGAGUACCUCAAAUUUGUAGGCGAAGAACAACAAGGAAUUGGUGUUAUACAGUGCAACCCAGAUCAAUCUAAGCACUUAGAAACUGCUAGGAUGCGCAUCUGUGACACUUGGAUCGAUUUUGUGAACUUGAGAUCUGAAACCUAUGCUGAGAACAGUCGCAUCCCGACCAUGAAAUUCGGAACUGCUGAAGAAGAUGCAUAUCGAAGGGAUCUAACCAUCAACAGCCUUUUCUACAAUAUCAACACCAAUUCAGUUGAAGAUGUAACUGGAAGAGGCAUCCAAGAUCUGAAGUCCGGGCGUAUUGUUACUCCUUUGCCACCAAAAGCUACUUUUCUGGAUGAUCCCCUUAGGGUUCUUCGAGCAAUUCGAUUUGGUGCUAGGUUUGAUUUUGAAUUGGCUGAAGAGUUGAAAGAAGCUGCUUUUGAUGAGGAAGUAAAAACUGCACUUGCAAAUAAGAUUAGCAGAGAGCGGAUUGGACAUGAGGUUGACCUGAUGAUGUCUGACAAGCAACCUGCUAAAGCAAUGGCAUACAUUCAUGAUUUGAAACUAUUUUAUGCAGUAUUUACUUUCCCAGAAAAUCCACAGCCUGCAGUUCCCGAGCAAUGUGACAGGUAUUGUGUAUUACAUAUAAAUGCAGCAUGGACCCUUCUACAAUCUAUUGGCUACUCGAUAUUUAGUGAUGAACAGCGCAGGCUUUACUUGUAUGCAUCUUUAUUUCUUCCUGUGAGAAGUACGAUAUACAUUGACAAAAAGUCAAAAGAGGUUCCUGUUGCGAGUUUCAUCAUUCGAGAUUCUCUAAAACUUAAAGCUAGUGAUGCUGAAAUGGUAACAAACUUACACGUGGCCUGUGAGAAGUUUGUUGAUCUAAUUCCUUUUCUGGAGUCAAAUGAGGAUCCAGAAGAUCUUAAAGUAAAGCUAGAAGAUGAAUACCUUGAGAUACCACCAGCUUCGACCAAACGAGUUUUGGCAGGGUUGCUGCUUCGUCAAAUAAAAGACUUUUGGCGCGUUGCUUUGUUAAUUUCCACUCUACUACACCCUAAGGCAAGUCAUACCUGUGAUACUCUCAACAGUCACACUGAACUGGACAGAAGAAGAGAAAUAUUUGGAAAAUUUGAGAGCGCAAUAACUCAACUUGAUCUCGACCACGUGUGGAAAAUGAAGUUAUUGCUUGACGGGAAGGCAAUGAUGGGAGUUCUGCAGCUUAAAUUGGGAGGGCCAUCAAUUGGGAAAUGGCGACAAAGGCUGCUAAAGUGGCAGCUCGCCCAUCCGAACGGAACGACGGAAGAGUGCAUUGAUUGGAUAAAGCAAUCUCAAGCGAAACGCCAGAAAAUAGAUUGUUCCGCUUGAACAUGUUCCCCUUUGCGGCUUGUCUUCUGCCUAAUUCUAACUUGUCUUCGCCCUAAUUUAUCCGAUCAAAAUCACCAGAAAUCUUGUGGAGUAAUUUACAAAAGCAUGACUUGAUUUUGCGCGUCAACGAGUGGCAUGAAGCAUCAGUAUUUUUGCUGGAGAGCUAAGUUUACAGCUUGGAGAUUGUAACCAUCAUCCUCAUCUUGCGUGUUUUUUUUGUUUUUUUUUUUGUGGGGUGGGUUGGGGGAGAGGGGAAGGGGGAGUUUUGACAAACUUAUAUUAUUAUAUGGUCGCCCUCUUGUAAUUCCUAUGGUUUCUAACGGAGGAGUUUGAUGUUGAAUUCAGAAA